UCAUACACACAUUCUGCAGUGCCUGUGGAGGAGCAGGAAAUGUUGCUGUUGGACCACUAGUGUUCAAAGCUCCUGCAAGCUGGCAACAGUUUCUGCUUCUUUUUGGAAAAUUAUUCGACAGCCUACCAACUGGCCCAUGUAGAAGGAUGAGAGGACAGAAGCAUUUACUGCCAAUUAUACUAAUGUAUGUGCUGAGUUUAUUAACAUUGCAGACAUCUUAUGGACAGCACUUGACAGAGGAGCCCUGCACUGUCCAGAUCCUUGUCCCGGGACUCAAAGGAGAACCAGGAGAGAAAGGGCAAAAGGGGGCACCAGGGAGACCAGGAAGAGUUGGCCCUCAAGGAGAAAUUGGUCAACCUGGGCUUAAAGGACAGAAAGGCAUCAUGGGACGUUAUGGAAAAGUGGGCCCGAGUGGAAUGAAAGGUGUAAAGGGAGAUAUGGGAGAUCCAGGUCCAAGGGGCCCCCAUGGAGAGCCAGGUGUUCCAUGUGAGUGCACGCCAAUGAGGAAGAUGAUUGGAGAGAUGGACAUUCUUGUGGCACAGCUAUCCUCUGAACUGAAGUUCAUUAAAAAUGCACUGCCCUCCCCUGCAGCUGUUGCUGGCAUAAAAGAGACAGACAGUAAGGUCUAUCUGUUGGUGAAGGAGGAGAAACGCUACACUGAUGCAGAGGUCUACUGUCAGACGAGGGGAGGGCACCUGGCCAUGCCCAAGGAUGAAGGAGCCAACACAGCCAUUGCAGGAUACAUAACAGAUGCGGGCCUGAGCAGAGUCUACAUUGGCAUUAAUGACCUGGACCGUGAGGGUGUUUUCAUCUAUGUGGAUCACUCUCCCAUGUCUACUUUCAGCAAAUGGAGGAAAGGAGAGCCCAACAAUGCCUAUGAUGAUGAGGACUGUGCUGAGAUGGUGGCCUCUGGGGAGUGGACUGAUGUGGCAUGCCACCCCACCAUGUAUUUUGUUUGUGAAUUUGACAAAGACAGUGUCUGAGUUUAGUCUAUGUUGAAGAGACUGCUGAAAUAAUGGAUAAAGACCUUAUAUAUUAAAAAAACAAAAAACAAAAGUAAGAUGUACUUUACUGUGUCUGUUCUGUCUUCUACUGGAUCUGUAAAUAACAUGACAAAAUGACACACAAGUUAGUAGUAGUAAGUAGCAUAUUUUCUACUAUCUUUUUCCUUAUGAGCUAUUUAUUUUCGUAAGUCACAACACAACAUGCAUUUUUGUUCUUCUGUUAGAAUUUUACUUAUUUUAUGCACAACAUUAAUUCCAUACUCUGUGAUUUAUUAGUGUUUCCAACAGUAUGCAAGGCAAAGUAUUGACUUUUUAUAUUGAGCAAUAUUUACAUCAACAAACAAGACAAAUAAGUAAAUGUAGAGGGCAGUAGAUGGUUCAGUUGUGUGCUUUUAAUCAAGAUAAAAAGGAAACAAUACGCAUUCUGUAUUCAUAUUAUACAUUUUAUGAUUGCUGUACAAUAAACAUUCACUGAUAAUGA